CGAAGUUUUGUGUUGUUGUUAUGGAAAAAUAAUGCGCUUUUACGUUUUUACCCGAGUUAUCCCGAGUGAAGACGAAGAUCCAUAAAUGGCGGGAAAAUGACGUAUUCAGGUAAAGUAACGCUUAAGGAAGAGCAACGAUUUCGCUCUCGACCUAAAUUUAGACAACUUUCACGUGAUGUCAGUGGAGAAGUGUUCGACAUACCUGAAGAACAUCAAGUCAUCUUUGCGUACGAAACUCUAUACGGAAAAACAACUCUUAUUGGUAGUAUAUGCUUCAAAACAGCUGACAUUAGUUUAGAGGAACCUGAUGCAACGUUUGACUCCGAUUUUUACCACGUUAUAGCUUUUUUGUUUGUUAAAGGAGACUUCCAAGGGCAGGGUGUUGGCAGACGACUCUUGGAGAAAGCGAUGACGUCCAUGUUGGACGUCAUCAAACGACCUGUCCGCGUACAAAGUGCAGAAAAAGCUGUUGCAUUUUUUGAGAAAAUGGGAUUUGCCCAGGUUCAGCCUCCCACAGAAAGUAUUUAUGGGCCUCGCUUGUUUAGAUUUCUGUAUAAUAUGGAGAAAAAUGUGAAAUGAUGGUGGCGUUUUUCACAAGUGGAAUCAAAAGUGCUUGUCAAUUUCCCACCCUAUAAGCGGACCUGUGAUACUUAUCAACAGAUAGCACUAGCGCCAGUUCCUGAUCUGAGUAUAAGUCAGUGGAAGUUGUUCUCAUUCAUAUAAGUAAUACAUGUACUGUGUAUUGUGGUGACAAAGAAAUUCAUAAUUGGGAACACAGAUAUCCCCAGGCAAGAAGUACAACACCGCACAAAGAGGAAGACUUAUUUUGCAGUAGAUGCACAAAAGACUAACACUUGAAUUAAAUUGAAAAUCUUAGGAGGUGUAGCUGAUAUAAGCAUUAAUAAUUGUUUUAUGCAUGAAUGUAUAAAUAUAUCAUAAUUCAAAAUUGAUGAAUAUAGUUUUCAUAUGUU